AGAGCUACGAAGAGCGAUCUCACGUAAUUUAAAGGAUGUCCAACGCGAAGAGAAACAAAGCUUGUCGUUGCAGUGCAUCUUCUUCUUUCCUUCUGAGCAGGAAGAAUCAAGCUAAAAGUAAUGAAAAGUAGUAGUGAAAUAAGUCAGGAGAUGGACCUUGAAUCUCAAGAGACAGGGCCAGCGAUCCCAGCACCAAGAAAGAUUUUCCGGCCUGUUGUUCUGGUUAUACUAGCUGUGCGCACUUUCUCCUCCAAAGCCUUCAACAAUAAGGAGUCUCCUGAUUCUCUAGGAGUCUCGCUGUUAUCUCCAUCUCACAGGAACUUGGAGGUACCUGAAAUUGAAGAAAUCUCACCAACACGUCAAGUUUGUCUUGAUAUCCCUUCCAUUGAUGAGGCCGUCAAUGCUAUGAGCGAUAUCAAACUACAACUUGAAAAGAUUGCCAAUAUAGUAAAGGGACGGAACCUGCAAUCCUUGAAUCAAUUUGGAGGCGUCGAACGUGUCGCGGUGGUACUUGAGACAGAUUUAAAGAACGGAAUCACUGGAGACAUUGAAGAUCUAAGUCGAAGCAGAACCAAUGCAAUCUACAAAACAACAGUCCCUGCAGCAAGAAACUUCUUGGAGUUGCUCAUGAAAUCCGGCAAUAGGUACACCAUCUUCCUUCUCAUCGUAUCAGCAGCGCUGUCCCUUGGCUUCGGGAUCAAGGAGGAGGGCCCGACGACUGGCUGGUAUGAAGGAGUCCUCAUAAUUCUUGCAAUCAUCAUACUUGUGAUUGUUCCAGCAGUGCGUGAUUUUCUGGGUGAAAAUUCAGAGAACCUGUUAGGAGAGCAGAGACAACGGAGAAAAAGAGAGAUGGAAGUAGCUGUUUUAAGAGCAGGAAAACAGUUGAAAGUACCAGCCUUAGAUCUUGUGAUUGGAGACAUAGUAUCCUUGGAAAGGGGAUGCCCUAUUCCGGGUGAUGGUUUGUUUGUAUCUGGCGAAUACUUAAAAUUGGAUGACAGCUUUCCAUCCAUUGUUAAUGAACAGAAUCCAUUUCUCUUCUAUGGUGCCAAGGUGAUUGAGGGGCAGGGUAACAUGAUGGUGACAUCCAUGGGACUAAACACAACACUGGGUGAGAUGACAAGCAAGGCCAGCAAGAGGCGAUUACCAGUUCAGCUCGCCAAGGUGAGCAACCAAACAGAAAUAGCUGGGCUCGCAACCUCUAUUCUUAUCUUGGUAGUGUUGUUCCUGCGGUCUAAAGCUGGAAAGAAAAAUGAGGAUUCUAGCGUGCCAGAAUUCAAGGGAGAACAUAAGACAAUGGAGGUUACGGAACUUAUCAAGAGAAUUGUCUGGAAACCGAGCGGGAAAAUCAGUACCUUGACAACUUGCCUGACUACUUUCCUGGUAGGGGUGGUAGAAGGAGUGCCAUUUUUUAUUAGGCUUGCCAUUUAUUAUUGGAAUAAAAAGAUCCCAUCCACCAAGGCUGUCGUGCAAGAACAAUUGACAGGUGUUACCAUGGGCUCAGUUACAGCUAUUUGCAUUGACAAAACUAGUUGGAUAACAAUGAACCCACCGGAAGUUGAUGAGUGUUGGAUUGAUGAGACAGUAACGAGAGAAAACUCUGCAAUACGUAAACAAGUUAAGGAUGCAUUCUGUAUUGGUAUCAGCAUGAGCUCAGGUAACGAUCAGGAAUCACUGAUUUCCUGGUGUGCAAGUAAAUUCGGAAAGGAUUACAUGGAGAGUUUGAAGCAAAGAUACAGCACUAUCGGGAUGAAAGAGUUGUGCCCUGGUGAAGAAAGGAAUGCAGUGUUGUUGAGGGAGAAAGAAGGCAACGAAACCAAGAAAUUCCUGUAUUGGAAAGGACUGGCACCAAAGAUAUUGAAAAUGUGCUCCCGGCACUACAAUAGUGAAGGGAAACUAGUGGACAUGGACACAGAGAAAAGGUCGGCUUUUGAGAAAAUUAUUAAUGACAUGCAGUCCAAGGAUCUAAAAACCAUUGCCCUUGCUUAUAAGACAACAGAUGAUGAAACUGCUGAGGAUAAUCGCUUGAUAUUGAUAGGACUUCUGGGUCUGAAGGACAAAUGCUGGAAAGAGACUAGAGAAGCAGUUGAAGCUUGUAGAAAUGCUGGUGUCAACAUCAUACUUGUCUCAGAGGACAGCGAGUCAGUAAUAGAAGACAUAGCUAAAAAAUAUGGAAUGCUUAGUGGCUCAAGCAUAUUGAAACAUAGAGGGGAAACUUUUCGAAGUUUCAGCGAUGAACAGAGAAAGGAUGUGGUCAAUAAAAUCUGUGUGAUGGGAAACUCUCUCCCUUCUGACAAGCUCCUUCUAGUGCGUUGUCUGAAACAACAAGGCCACAUAGUAGCAUUCGUUGGAGUCAGAACAGAUGAUGCUCCCUCACUCAAAGAAGCAGACGUGGGAGUUGUGACUGGAACUGGGAGUAGUGAGUUGGUCAAUGGGAGUUCUGAAUUGAUUAUCUUGGAUGGAAAUUUAGGCUUCUUGGUAUGGAUUUUGAAGGGGGGGCGAUGUAUUUAUGGCAACAUUCACAAGUACAUCCAAGUUGAGGUCACCAUAACUAUUUCAGGGUUAGUGAUAAGCACUGUCACCACAAUAUUUUUCGGGUAUGCUCCAAUGACAGCGAUUCAGAUGAUCUGGGUGAACCUGGUAGUGGCUGUCCUUGGUGGGUUGGCUUUAUUAACUGAGCCCCCAAGUCAGAAACUGAUGCAGAGGCCACCGAUCAGAGCAACUGAACCUUUCAUCACAAAGGCCAUGUGGAGGAAUAUAAUCAUACAAGCUUCCUAUCAGGUUUCCAUUUUGUUAGCCUUUCAGUUCAAAGGGCAAGCUAUUCUAAACAUCAACGAGGAGGUUAGCAAAGCCAUGAUCUUCAGUAGCUUUCUUCUCUGCCAACUUUCCAACCAAUUCAAUGCCAGUGAGCAGAAAAUGAAGAAUUUAGUCAAGGGUGUCCAACAGAACCUAUGGUUUUGGGUGGCCUCUGUUCUGACUGUGGUGUUGCAGGUGGUAUUCAUUGAGAUUUCACAUCACAUCUUUGGGUUUGCCAGGUUGAAUGGUCCACAGUGCAGCAUCUGUUUCCUUAUUGGGGCACUUUCAUGUGUGACAGACGGGGCUGUAAACAUUACCUGGGGCGUCAUCAAGGUUAAGAUGGGGCUGCAAACAUUACCUGGUGCGUCAUCAAGGUUAAGCUAA